UCCAGUAGAUGGCGGUAAUGCACAUCUAAAAGUUGUUUGCCAACCGCCAUAAAAAAGGAAAAGAAGAAGAAGAAGACAAAGAGGACGGCACGUGGUCUGUUUGGUUGAAUGUUUGAGUGUUUCUCUAAAAAUAUCUUCAGUCCAGCUUAAACUAGUUUAUCAACGAGCCGUUAACUGCUGCUGAAGAAACAUUCACAGAGUUUAAAGAAAUCAUCGUCAAGUCGGAGGAAGAGAUGGAUGAUCAUCGCAGACUGCUGGAUUUCUCCCGGAGGCCCCAGAUAAUCUUACACCGAAUAGAUUCCCUGAAGUGUAACGUUUAUAACCAGGAGAGGAGAUCCACUGUGGACCAGGAGGAGUUGGAACCUCUGCAGGUGAAUCAAGAACAGGAAGAGCCAGAAGAUCAUCAGAUAAAAGUGGAAGAGAAAGACGUUUACUGCAGUGAAGAUGAAGAACAGAUUGAAUUGAAACAGGAGACUGAUACCUGCAUGGUGGUUCCUGUUGAUGAGCAAACAGACCAUAUUGAAUCAGAACCAAACAGGAACCAAGUCAUCUUCCAGGAAGCUGAGAACCAAAAUCAGGAAAGAAGAAAACCUUUCUCAUGUGUCAUCUGUAAAAAGCGUUUGACUUUCAAAUCUGAUUUUGAUGCUCACAUGAGAACUCAUACGGGUGAAAAGCCGUUUACAUGUGUGACCUGUGGAAAAGGUUUUAGUCGAAAACUUAGUUUAACUGAACACAUGAUGAUUCACACUGGUGAAAAUCCGUUUUCAUGUGUGAACUGUGGAAAAUGUUUUAGUCACAAACAGAAUUUAACUCAGCACAUGAUGAUUCACACUAGUGAAAAACCAUUUUCAUGUGUGACCUGUGGAGAAAGUUUUAGUCACAAACAGGAUUUAACUCGGCACAUGAUGAUUCACACUGGUGAACAGCCGUUUUCAUGUGUGAACUGUGGAAAAAGUUUUAGUCAAAAACAGCAUUUAACUCAGCACAUGAUGAUUCACACUGGUGAAAAGCCGUUUUCAUGUGUGAACUGUGGAAAAAGUUUUAGUCGAAAACAGCAUUUGACUCAGCACAUGAUGAUUCACACUGGUGAAAAGCCGUUUUCAUGUGUGAAAUGUGGAAAAGGUUUUAGUCGAAAACUUAGUUUAACUGAACACAUGAUGAUUCACACUGGUAAAAAGCCGUUUUCAUGUGUGAACUGUGGAAAAUGUUUUAGUCACAAACAGGAUUUAACUCGGCACAUGAUGAUUCACACUGGUGAAAAGCCGUUUUCAUGUGUGAACUGUGGAAAAUGUUUUAGUCACAAACAGAAUUUAACUCAGCACAUGAUGAUUCACACUGGUGAAAAGCCGUUUUCAUGUGUGAACUGUGGAAAAUGUUUUAGUCACAAACAGAAUUUAACUGAACACAUGAUGAUUCACACUGGUGAAAAGCCGUUUUCAUGUGUGAACUGUGGAAAAGGUUUUAGUCGAAAACUUAGUUUAAGUGAACACAUGAUGAUUCACACUGGUGAAAAGCCGUUUUCAUGUGUGAACUGUGGAAAAUGUUUUAGUCACAAACAGAAUUUAACUCAGCACAUGAUGAUUCACACUGGUGAAAAGCCGUUUUCAUGUGUGAACUGUGGAAAAAGUUUUAGUCAAAAACAGGAUUUAACUCGGCACAUGAUGAUUCACAAUGGUGAAAAACCAUUUUCAUGUGUGACCUGUGGAGAAAGUUUUCGUCACAAGGUGAGUUUAAUUCACCACUUGAGGCGUCACACAGGUGAAAAGCUGUAGAAGUAUUUUCCAUACAUGUCCUAUGUUGAGGUUCACUAUAGAACUGAUUUUUUUUUAAACUAGAAUGAAAGACUGGAGGGGUUUCAUGUCUAUAAAGCUGAAAAUUGUUGUAUUUGUUAAAUGUGAUCAUUUGGAUACUUGGAGAUGUGCAACCAUGACACAUUUUCCUUCAGAGAUGCUUUCUUGUUCUUUUUGGUAUAUUCUGUAUCAAAAAACAAUAAUGAUAAACUGUAUGUUAUUGUAUUAACAUACUGUUUAUGUCAAACUGUAUGUUGUGUGUGUACAACGUGAAGAGCAGAGGACUCAGCACACAGCCCUGAGGAGUGCCAGUACUGAUCCUGAUAGAUGAAGAGGCUUGGGGGCCCA